AAAAAGAGGAGAUUUUUAGGGCUCAGCCGCCGUACUCUCCCUCACGUUGGCCGCCGCCUCUUCUCGCCCUCACGCUGGUCGCCGCCUCUUCUCGCCCUCACACUGGUCGGUACCGCACUCGCCCUCACACUGGCCGCCUAGCACAAGGGGUUGGGGGUUGUUUCCGCCGCCGGGAGGAAGAUGCACGGACUUGGCCGUCUUCACGGUCUCCAACAUCAGCCAGAUCGGAGCCCCUCUUGCCGCCUUCAUCCGGAGCCGGAUGCUACCAGCGAGGGCUACCUCCGCCAGCCACCCCUUUUUUCUCCGUCACCUACAGCUAGCUCCAAUGGCUCUAUAGCCAACCACGGCGGCUUUACAGCCGCUAUCUCCACUGUUUUCGGCGCAUAUCUGAUUCACCGCUGUGUUUCUGGCCAUUGAGCCGUCGUGUUCUGCCCUUGGUAUCACUAGUAUGACUGUGAGUCAUUUUUACUAGCUGACCUAUGAGCCGUUAUUGUGUGUUAUGGCCUGCGAGCCGUGGGCAUAUUUUGGCCUAUGUGCCGUCUUUUGGAUACAUGUUACGCCGGGUGCUAUGUCGUCGCCCCCAGAUCCGGCUCCUCAGCUGACUCACAUUCAUCUACCCUUCGAUGCUGCGACGACUCGGGCAGCAGCGCGACCAGCUCACUGAUCGAUCCGAGGGUGUCCCCCAGGACCAGGUUAUUUUGUUCCUUCUACGUUUGACUGCUGCUGCCCGUGUUCGGUGUUCCUGUUCAUGGCUCUGAUCCGCGGCAUUCGCUUCAUCACAUUAUCGGCCAAUAAGAUCCGUUUCCCCAAUUUACUCUCUUCCCGCUUUCUGACCUUUUCCCGCUUUCUCCUUCCCGGCGUCGCUCCCUCCAGUUCGUCCCGCUCCGGCCGCAAUUACUCCCUGCUUCGGAGCAUGGUCAGAUUCCGGCUUCAUUCUGCGCAGGAGAAUCUCGCUCGCUGAGACUUCGGUCAGCUUAAUGCUGAGCCUAUCUUUCGUUUUCCAUGGCAAAAUUUUCAGCUUUCCUACUCUGUAUGGAGUUUUCAGAACUAGGGUUUGAGCCCGAUGGGCUCGAUUACGUUUCUUAGGCCGAGAGCUUAACCUUAGAGUUUGGCAUCGGGAGACGAAUUUGGGGAGCGGAGUGAACAAGGGGACUUUCGAUCAUGGCCAGCGACAAGGCCGAUUCAUCGGCUAAGGCUCCAAAAACAGUAGCGGCUCAGGAGCAACCUCCCAUGGCUAGCUCUGUUGUGGCUCCGUCCGUUUAUCCGGAUUGGUCUGGUUAUCAGUCAUAUCCACCUAUGCCACCACAUGGAUUGUUCCACCCCCCUGCUGGAUCAAGUCCUUAUGCUCAUCCAUAUAUGUGGGGAGUUCAGCAUCUUAUGCCACCUUACGGGAAUCUGCCACCUUAUGGGAGUCCACCACCUCCUUAUGUCAUGUAUCCUCCUAGAGGAUUAUAUGCUCAUCCUUCAAUCCCUCCGGGAUCAUAUCCAUUUGGUUCCUAUGCCAUGACCAAUCCUAGCAUCAAUGCUGGGACUUCUGGGACUCCUCUAGGUGGUAUGGAAAUGGAUGACAAGCCAUCUAAAAGGAAUAAAAGAGACCUCAUGAAUUGCUCUGGUAGUUCAAAUAUACUUCCAGGUAAGGACAAUACUGGGCCAUAUAAAGCAUCAGGGACAUCAACAACUGAAGUUUCCCAAAGUGGUAAUAGUGCAAGCGAUAGUUCAAGCAAAGAAAGUGAUGCCAAUUCUCAAAGUGGCUCGCUGCCAAAAAGUUCUGGACAUGAAUCUUUUGAUGCAUCCUCACUAGCAAUGACGAACCGAGGCAUGGAGAUGAUACCCAUCCCUACAGCAUCUACACCCGGAGGAGUUGGCAGUGCCACCACAAACUUAAACGUGGGGAUGGAAUAUUGGAGCACUCCAAGCUUAGCUUCGCCGAUCCCCACAAUGCAGGGUAAGAUGGCAGUGAACAAAAUUGGAGCUGGACUACCAGGUUCAUCAGAACAUUGGGAUGAAAGAGAGCGUAAGAGACAGAGAAGAAAACAAUCGAACAGAGAAGCAGCCCGCAGAUCUCGAAUGCGCAAGCAGACAGAAUAUGAAGAGCUAGCGCAUCGUGCUGAGAAUUUGAAAGAGGAAAAUACUUCCUUAAGAAUUGAGUUGGACAACGUUAAGUCCGAGUAUCAACAACUUAUUUCCAAGUACAACUCUCUCAAGGAGAAACUUGAAGUACAAAAAGAAAUCAAGGAACCAGAUACUGAAAGGAAUGAGCAAUGAAACUUUGGAUCUGAUCCACAACCUUGGAGUCGAUAGAUUAAUCAUAACAGAUUAUAUAUGAAAGAUUAUAAUUUGUUAUAGUUGAUUGGUGUGACAGUCGGGCAGAUUGUUUUGACUCUAGUUUCCGCUGGUCAGUAAGUGUCCAAACUUCUCAUUUACCUUCGUGACCUUGGAUGUAACUCUUAACUCUUAGCUCGUAACUCGUAAUGCAUUGAAUUUUAGCUAA